AUGUCGAAGACCAUCACGGGCAACAUCACCGGCAGCUUUGACGAAGCGUGGAAGUCGAUGAAGACAUUCGCGGAACAGGCGACGGAGUGGUUGGAGGACUUCGACAAUCCGGAGGGUCGUGUCGCGUAUGCACGGGCGUUAGCGGUCUCCGCCUUGGCCGAACACGUAGAUUCGGUGGUGGGCAAUGCAAAGAAGGGGUUGGAAGAGUACGUCUCGAACCACCUUGCCUCCGCGCAGGUCAACAUCGCCACCGCUGUGACCGCCAGGCUCGCCGUGCCGCCGCCACCACCGCCUCAUCCCACGCCGCCCGCCAUCCCGGAAGAGCUUUUGAAGUCGUUUAAGGCCGACAUCAUGAAGGCGGUGACGAAGGCCACCCAGCAGUCUUUCGUUGCUUCCGGGAUGAAGAUGAUGAUAGAGAUGAUCGGCACUGUGGCGCCAGGUCGACGUGGGUCGUUGCCUUCGGCCAAUGACGCCGAUAACGCGCAAAGGAAAACGGCCGAGAAGCAGGGCCAUAAGAGGACGGGCGACGGAGACGACAAAGAGAGCUCAAAGCGGAGCAAGGGAGCGGACGGUAGCCGCGGGUCGAAGCCUGCGCAACAGAGCAUGGUCGACCAGCUGAAGACGAAGGCGGGGUGGAAGGUGGUAAGGACGUCGCACAGCAAGGGAGGCGGAAGCGGGGGAGCAGAGGGUGGCCCUGCCGACGGGAUUGCCGCUAACGUAGCUGUUCCGACUGGCCCGCCUUUGGUCGCCGAGCAGACCCAUCCUCAGGCGAGCGGUGGGAAAGGCGUGACCGACAAGGAGGUGCCAACUGCUCAGGCGGCGAAUGAUGGCGACUCCGGAACAAAGAUGCGGCUACCAGCGCGCCUGCCGGCCAGUCAGGAACAUAGCAAAGACGUGCAGCAGCAUCCCAUGGUCGACGCCGGCCUUCCUGGAACAGCACGUCGCUCCGUCACUACGCAGGUUGCCGGCAAGUCGUCCGGUGCCCCACCUGCCGCGCCUCCGGUGGCCGCCCCACCUCCUGCGGACCGCAAGUCCGCUUUUCUUUGCGCCCAUUUAGGCGCACGCAAAGCGGCUGCUCCAUCAGUGACCCAGCCGGAACUCGGCAAAAGCGCGACGCCGACGUCGGUAAACGCGACCGCACCCACACCAGGUCCAUCUGUGGUCGAUGUGGCGGCGGAGAAGGGAGUGAGUGCAGCGCUCGCCACCGGCGGCCGCGAAGACAAGCAUGCCGACCUCGCUGUCGUCAUGGCCCAUUUUGAGGCAGCAAAGCGUCCCGAGCAUGCCCCUGUUAUGGCCAUCAUGGACACAGCGCAUGUGGUGCCGUCGGCGACCCACGGAGGGGAAGAGAAAGGGAAGAAGGCGGAAGGGGAGCAGGACAAGACGGGCGGCAAAGGUAAGCCGACGAAGAAGAAGGAGAAGGCGGAGGAGGAGGACGAGGAGGGCGGCGAGGGAGAUAAAGAGCAUGGACGCAGGGGUCAUGGCAUCCGCCGAGACAAGGCUGGCGACGGGCAAGGGUGGGUGGGCGAGAUUAAGGUGAAGGGACUGAAUCGGUACAUCGACAAGUCGAGGGAGAAGAUGGAGCUGGCCUACGAGCACGCAAUUGCGUACGUCGUCUACGACAGCUACGUGAGCAAGGUGCUCAUGAAAGAGCUCACCGUUCUGAAGCCGGGGGUGUUGGAUGAAUGGAAGGAGGUGUGGGCGGAGGUCAAGUUCCUGUUGACUGGGAUGUUCGACGACAUACUCGGCAGGUACCGUGGGUACGCAAGUUCGGGUGAUGCACUUCAUGACGUGCUCUGGCCGGCGAUCUGGUUCCCCAUCAUCGAGGACACGGAGGAAGGCAAGGAAGAGACGGUCGCUCUCAUGUCGGCAAUGGUAAAUCGCGUGUCGAUGUGCGCGGCGUAUGAGGAGGUCGCGGCCAGCGCGGCAUUUGGGAAGGUCAAUGCGAGCGUGGAGGGGAAGGCGGACAAGAAGACGGAGAUGGGGGCCCAGGCGUUAGCGGCAUCGGCAUGCGCCAUCUGGUGCUUCUUGGAGACGGGGGCGUCGGUGCUCGGUGCUGUGGGCGAAGGGAAGGCGGCGGCGAUGGUGGCAGGUGCAGGGGAGGCGAGGGCCGAGGACUUCAAGGAGGUGAUGCACGCGGUGAUCGACAUAGCACGCAGUAGGCAGGCUCUCGCGGGGGAGGCUGCACAUAACGUCACGCCAGCGCUGCAGAGCCAAGCAGUGGCCAGGACCUUCGCGAAGGGAGUUGAGGAAGUCGAGGCCGACAUGAUCGCAAGAGCGACGGUCGAGACCUUGGCGUUCUGGGGAAUGUGCCCCGUCGCCGGGCCCAAGCUCAAAGCGCAGGGCAUCGAUGUGCCGUGUGACGCGAGGAUGGAGUACGAUAUGGAUCACAGGGGAAGGAAGGGGGAGAAGGUCAAGCAGAGCAAGGGCAGCAGCAAGAGGAAGAAGGGCAAGCAGGGCAAGGGCAGUACGGAUGCGUAG